UGUAUAUAUUCCAAACUCAAACAAUAAUUACUAGGCAGCUGAACUGCUCCUUGGUGUUGAACAAAAGAGUGUGAUUGGUUGAGUUUGACUUCUUUCAAUCCACUUCACCAUGACAAAAACCUUCCUAGUUUCCCAACAAUUUCAUCAAACUUGUUAAUCGUUAAAACCUCAUAUACUUAUUAAAUUUGCGUAUCACCAAAUUUUAUUCCAUUAAUUUUUUCGUAUAUGUCAAAUGAUUCCUGACAAGAAACCCCUUUCAAAACCGCCAUUUCUGCAAGCUAAAAUCCUACCUACUAAAAGUUUUUUUUUUUAGUUCAGGCAUUUCCCCAUCAAUAUUAACUGCAUAGUUUUUUUUUUGUUUUUUUUGGAUGGAAAAUAUUUGAGAUUGUGUGAUGGCUGUGGUGGAAAUUCCAGGGACCGUUAACAGAUUAGGGUACCCGGAGAUCGAUUUGGCGCCGAAUUUGAGGUUGAGGAGCAGAGGCAGUAUGAGGGGUGAGCGGGAAAUUGUGGAGGAAUUGGAGCCAAGAACGACGCCGUCUCCGGCUCUUAGGGAGGAGAUAAUGUAUGUGGCUUUGGGGAAAGAUGUGAAGGAGAGUGAGAGAACGCUGAUGUGGGCCUUGCAUAAUUCUAGAGGGAUGAAGAUUUGUGUUCUUCAUAUUCACCAACCUGCUCAGAAAAUACCAGUGUUGGGUACUAAGGUUGCGAUUGGUAGGUUGGACGAAAAUCAAGUACGCGUAUACCAUGAAAAUGAAAGACAAGAGAUGCUUAAGAUUAUUGACAAGUAUAUCCGGAUUUGUGAACGAUCAGGGGUGAGAGCAGAGAAACUAUGCAAAGAAUUGGAUUCUAUUGAGAAAGGCAUAGUCCAGCUCAUAUAUGAACAUGAGAUUAAAUGGCUUGUCAUGGGAGCUGCAGCUGAUAAAUCUUACUCGAGAAAAAUGAAGGAGCCUAAGUCUAAGAAAGCAAUCCAUGUGCGCUUGGAAGCACCUACUUUCUGCCAAAUAUGGUUCAUAUGCAAAGGAAACCGCAUAUAUACAAGGGAAAGUAAAUUGGAUGGAAUUAACAUAGAGGUAGACUCUCCACCAGUUCAAGCAAGUCCAAGUUCUGAAGCUGUGCAGACCUGGAGAUCGCUCUCACUUGCUGAAGGGGAAAAUGAUCGAAUGGAGCUUCAAAGUUCAGCAAUAAGUCAUCGGAGGUUCCUGUCUGAAAAUAAUGGUAUGCACUUUAGCAGCUCCGGAAGAGGUUCUCCUUGUAGCAGCUUGAAUCAAGAAGGUAACUCUGACGGGGAGAACCAAUCAAGGAGAACUCCUUCAGUGGGUUCACGCUUUUCUACAUGUUCGUCUAGUGAAAUAAUUGACGAUCUGGCUGUAAACCCCCUUUCAAGCACUCAGAACCUUGGAAAGUAUCGUUCAUCCUCAGUGGCAUCCAGUGCUAUAGACGGCAAUAUGGAUGAUGAACUUUAUACUAGGCUCGAGCAAUUUGUGGAGGAAGCACAAAGUUCCCGGAAAGAAGCUUAUGAGGAAUCAGUCAGGCGUAAGAAAGCUGAAAAGGAAGCCAUUGAUGCUUUUCGCCGAGCCAAAGAAUCUAACGCAAUGCAUGCUGAGGAGCAAAGACACAGAAAAGAAAUCGAAGACGCACUUGCAAGAGCUAGAGAAGAAGCUGAGAACAUGAAAUCGCAACUUGGUGAGGUCAUGGAAGAGCUCAGAGUUGCUGAGGAACAGAAGCUUUCCCUAGAGCGUCAAAUUGCAGAUUCUGAUAAGAUGGUGGAGCAGCUGGAACAAAAAAUGUAUUCUGCUGUUGAACUUUUGCAGAGGUACAAAAAGGAAAGAGAUGAAUUACAGCUUGAGAGAGAUAGUGCCCUCAAGGUGGCGGAGGAUCUGAGGAAAAGACAAGCCGAGGAAGCGUCGAGUUCAUCUGUAUCUCAGUUCUUUUCUGAAUUCUCUUUCUUCGAAAUUGAAGAGGCAACAGCACGCUUUAGCCAAACCUUGAAGAUUGGUGAAGGGGGUUAUGGAAGUAUAUAUCGAGGGGACCUUCGACAUACUCAAGUGGCUAUAAAAAUGUUGCAUCCAAAUAGCUCGCAAGGACCUUUCGAAUUUCAACAGGAGGUAAAUAUCCUAAGUAAGUUGAGGCAUCCGAACAUAAUCACCUUGGUAGGAGCCUGCCCGGAAGCUUGGGCACUCGUUUAUGAGUAUCUAUCCAAUGGAAGCCUCGAAGACCGCCUCGCUUGCAGAAACAAUACACCGCCGUUGUCGUGGAAAACUAGAAUCCGUAUAGCAGCAGAGCUAUGCUCUGCCCUAAUCUUUUUGCAUUCUUGCCGCCCUGAGGGAAUUGUCCAUGGUGAUCUGAAGCCUGCCAAUGUGCUGCUCGAUGCCAACUUCGUGUCCAAGCUCAGCGAUUUUGGAAUAUGCCGUAAGCUCCCUCAUGACGAAUUAUCAGAAAACACAACACCAUGUUGGAGGACUGACCCAAAGGGGACGCUUAUGUACAUGGAUCCGGAAUUCCUCGCAACUGGAGAGCUCACUUCAAAGUCAGACGUGUAUUCCUUUGGAAUUGUAUUGUUGCGGUUGUUAACAGGAAGACCUGCACUUGGGAUAACUAAGGAAGUCCAAUAUGCAUUAGAUAACGGUAAGUUGAAUGAUCUACUCGACCCAACAGCUGGUGACUGGCCAUUCGUGCAAGCAAAACAAUUAGCUCACCUUGCCCUCAGCUGUGCUGACAAGAACCGUGGCUCUCGACCGGAUCUUGCUUCUGAGGUGUGGAGGGUGCUUGAACCGAUGAAAAGAUUCUGUGGGGCUUCGUCCCUCCGCUUUGGUUCUCAAGAACAGAGCCAGAUUCCGGCAUACUUCAUCUGUCCCAUCUUCCAGGAAAUCAUGCAAGAUCCUGUGGUUGCAGCCGAUGGGUUUACAUACGAAUCGGAAGCGUUAAAGGGAUGGCUGGAGAGUGGGCAUGAGACAUCACCCAUGACUAACCUAAAGCUUCCACACUCCGAUCUGCUGCCUAACCACACUCUCCGUUCUGCAAUACAAGAGUGGCUGCACCAACCUUGAAGCCACCCGACGACGCCUUUUCAUCUUCUUAAAUCUCUGUACAUGUCACCCUAUAGGCUUAUUACACACACACACUUUUGUUGUAUAGUUGUUUACUACACCUGAUUUCCUCAUGGAUUUCAGUUUGGAUCUUCAACGCAUGAUGCAGAAAUACACGCAGUGGAAAAGCUUCUUCCCUUAUAUGUUUAGCAAAAAGUUUUGUACUCAAAUUUAUUUUAAUAGAAGCUAUACAUUUGUUGCAGACAGAGAAAUGGCUGCAUGUUUUUACAUUC